AUGGAAUACCGCCCAGAGUGCGUGUUCCCCGCUUCCGACUCAAUGUACACUCUCAGUCAGUCCUACUCACCAUUCUCGUCGAAUGUCUCGUCAUACUUUCGAAGGCCAGCCAAAGUGGUGAAGCCCAAUUCUCGGAACACGUCUCCGAAAUAUCCGACCCGAAGGAGGACCGCCACAACGAACGUACCUGUCGGGAGGACGAGAUCGAUGAUGGACAAGCAACGGGGCAACAUCCAGCAACCGAACGUUGUCAGCCAGCAGCAGUCUCGUCCCGUGUCAUGGCACCCCAAUACCUAUUCCAACCUCAACUUCACUCAGAACACAUCCUAUUUUCUGGAUAGCAAUGAUGCGUAUCACCAACCCACCUUUUACAGCACCGCCACCGUCAACGGACUUUACACUCCGCUAUCUCAACCCGUCGUCGAUGAGCCCCAGAUCCACGAGUUAAUAACACCCCUCGAAGGCUUGACAGCGGAUGAGAUCGGUCACCAUUAUGACGAAGAUGCCUUUGAUUACCAGUAUUGGAUGCCUCAUGAUAUUUCGAAGCAGCAACAACAGUUCUCGAUGGACAGCACUUAUCAGGCGGUGCAACAGCCGACUUGGCACUGGAAUUUUACUUUCAACCAGGAUCUACCGACAGCGCCAUCAUCACCAACCUUUUUGCCGAUUCAAGGAGGCAUGGACGCCUCCCCGCUCGAUCUCAACACCCGCAAUCUUCCUGCAAAGUCGGAUGGCGAAGAGCUGGUAGCGAUGGGUCUUUACGAUUCGCCGGCAGAAGUGCAGUCAUCUUCUCUGCUGUUUGGAGGAGGACGCACCAGGAAGCGGAGCUUGAAGCUGGAAGAGUCGUUCGAGCCGCAGCCCGAGAGCGAGCAAGAUGAGACGGAGGAUGCGGAUGGAGAGGACGACGAGAGCGCGGACGCCGAUGCCCAAGACACGACCAGCUUGACACACUUCACCGACGAGCAGGCACCGCAGCUAAACCCAAGCAUGGCGGGUCAGAGCUUUUUCUUCGACACGGAACACGCGGUGAGCUCGCACCAGCAGGCGGUGUAUCCUUCGGCGAUGAGCGGCUUCAGUGGGGGUUUGCUCAAUCAAGCGACGGGCUGGGGCUGGAUCUGA